CGAAUUGUCUAUAAAAGGAGUGCCAAAAUUACCAGCCAAAAGAUCAUUCAAAUGAUUGAAGAAAUACUCUUAUUAACAAAAAUAAUAAUAUCAAGAUACUCAUUUGCAGUAUAUAUCAUCCUUAUUUGCGAGAUAUUAAAAAUAAUUUUGAUAAAAUUUAUUAUCGUUAUAAUUUGAGAUAAAAUGACUACAAUUAAAAACUAUCAUAAUCAAAUUGUACUUAAGGAUGAGGAUAGAGAUAUGAUUAAAGCUCAACGAAACUACCUCAUCAAAAUGUAUGGAAUGACAAUGGAGGAUAUAAAAAUAUUAGAUAAGAUGGCUGAUAGAAUUAGGGAAAGAUGGUUAAAAUUACAAGAAAAGCUCAAACCUUUGAAUAGGAUAGACCAAUUUAAAGAAAGGUGUAUGGAAAAUGAAAUUGAAACUUAUCAAUCAAGUCUUGGAAAAAUAGAUAAAAGAGUUAGAGAAUUUAAUGAAGAAAUAUCUUAUAAAAUUAUACAAUGCAAUACCCAAUUAGGAUAUGAUGAAAUCGAUUUAGAUAGUGAUUAUGAGGAUAGCAAAAAUGAAACCCCAACUGAAUCAGAGGAUGAGAAAGAUAGUGACGAGGAUUUAAGUGAUAAUGACUCUGAAAGAGAAGAGAGAGCAAUGUCACCAAUACCAUAUCCAUGUUGUAAUGAAAUACAUUGCAUAUGCUAUGAUCAAAUUGAAAUUGAUAAAGAAUAUGAAGAAUAUUGUUUGAAUCAGGUUGAACAAAUGGCUGAAAAUCAUUAA